CGAUCGUCUUGAGCCUUACCCCUUCCUGCGCUGGGGUGGAAACAACUGUCAGUGCUUGCUCCAAUGCCCACUUCUGCCAAGUUCGUUUGAGAGAUGGAAUCUAUCCCGAAGGCCCAGCAUCAGGUGCCUACUGCCUUGCUACAUCCUUCAAAAUGGCUUUACAUGUACGAGGACUUCGUGACAAAGAACGCUAGCUCUGUUGGGCAGGUCGAGUCGGCACUAAGAUCCUUGACAUAUAUCAUCCCAGGACGGUAUCGUGAUUCGGAGGUACCAUCGGAAUGUGUACACUCUGUGGUUCAACUUCUUUCCCUAUACCACGAUUCCCUCGUGUCUCGGGUUAUAGCGAGACUUCCUCCGACCAUUCCUCGUCCUACGCCGACCCCACACUCCCGAUAUACAAAGUACUGGGUUUCCCAUUCCCAAUUGUAUCAUAAAGUGGCCGUUAUCCUUCGGAUGAUCCAAUAUACAGAGUUGCUGUGGGAGAUGAUCGCGCGACGACGCGGAGAAAAGGUCCGCUGGCGCGUGGUGGUCUUCGUCGAGAUCUCCAAAGCUCUGUGCCGUCUGCUCUUGCUACGCCUAACAAAUUCCAGACCGCUAGUCAGCCCUCCACUUCCUGAGCGCGAGGCCGAUCCGAGGACCCAAGAUGAGGAAGGCGAAUGGAAUAAAGCGGAGACACCUGAGGCUGAACGUUCACUGGAUAUGAACUGGACAAUGCCACGUACUGGAUUGUCUCUACCGUCUCUUCCAGACGUGAAUGAUGUAUCGAAUUACCUCAUCUCGAAAGUGCUCACAGCGGAUGAUAUCAAACCUCCAGCGGCUCUUUUACACCGGAUUGCGGGGCAGGGUCAGCUAGCUGAAGUCUUAUACAUCCUUCGUCCAGUCAUCUAUGCAUUGGCGUUGCAAAGAUGGAGUGGGAACAAACGAAGUUGGAGACCAUGGCUGAUAGGGUUUGGUAUGGAGUAUGGAUGCCGACAACUCGCCAGGAAAGAUUGCCGGGAAAGGAUUGCAGGAGGCCUUCGAGGACUCACGGCACUCGAACGAGAGGAAUUGAGAAAGCGGGGCUGGGCAAUGGGCUGGUGGUUUAUGCGGGGCGCUUUUUAUCAGAAUGUGACAAAACAAUGGCUGAAAGCCUUAAUUGGAAAGAUGAAGGGAAAGCCUCUUCUUGACCUGAUCGGCAGUAUUGUGGAGGAUUAUGAAUACCUUUGGGACACGUACUAUUUCCCGACUGCGACACUCUAACCUUCCUUUUCUUUGUCAUUAUUAUUAUUACCUUUCAUCCCUUCUUUUCGUUUUCUUCUCUUUUCCUUCAAGCAUGCUUGGCCCGAGGACUCUAGGGGCUUUUACGCUUUACGAGGGUGUUGUUUCAGACAGUCAAGAGGUAUUGUUGGGAGUUAAAUGAGAUUGGAUACCCAACAGGCUUAGGAAGUCAUUCAAUUUUAAUUCUGGGAAGAAAACAAAGUACGCAAUGAUCAUAACUCUUUUACAAUUCACUGGUUAAUUAAUCCAUUACACUUGUCAUAAGAUUUCCGUUGCUUUAUGUCCAUACCAUUCCCGCAAUCCGUCAUCACUGGCAUUCUUCCCUGGUCCCGGCGUACAAAGAAAGUCUGUUAGACUCGCAUUAUUUUCUUCAUAUACAGGCCAGUCGACUGUGGUCCCUCCUUUCAACUCCAGCAUUUCUUUUGCAGUACCCCAGCUGAAUCGGCAGACAUUGUGCCAACCAAAAAUAGGAUUCAUGUUCCUCUGCAGCCAGCCCACACACUUAGAAUCUGAUGGAUAACCACUGCCCCAACCUUCUGUGGUCCGCAGAUUUUGGGAGGAUUGUUGAUUGAUAUCUUGUUGACUUCCGAGCAAUUUCUCGUAGCACACUUCCAAUCCAGCAUCCCUAGUCACUUUGGCAACAACGCUUGCGGCACUGACGCAUGGAUACAACGAAUCUGCCUUCUUCGCCACCGUUAUUUUCAGCGAAGGGAAGAUUCGUUCUAAUUUUUGCUGAUAGGUUGUUGGGUUCCCAAUAGUAUCAAUGUAGACCUCUCUUACAUCCACUUUCCUAUCCUCUACAAUGCCGCGGAUGAUUUCGAUGGUAGCAUCCAUUGCUUGCGCAUUUAAAUUGUAGAUCCCGGUUCCCGGCCGCAUCAUGCCUGACGAAAUAUCUCGCGCUGAAAGAACUUUGACUGCCCAUCCACAGGACUUGAAGAGUGAAUUUCCAGGAGUGCAAAGUAAUCGCAUCAGAUUGGAGCGAACGCCGGGGGUGAGUGUUUUACUGUCAUUGAAGCUAUACUCGUGAGUCAAGAGCGAGCGAUGAAGAUGGCUGGGUAGGUAAAAAGCACUGUAGACCAUCGGACCUAGAACAGGGCCGCGACCAGCUUCAUCAACACCAAGAACGUACGGCUGGCUUGGUUGGUUGCUAGGAGAUGUCGAUGCAUUUUGAUCCGUAAUUGAGACUGGCUUGGGAGAGUAAUAAGAGUAGGAUUCACCGGAUAGAAGCGAGACGCGGUCUAUACUAGGAAGGAUAAAAGGAAGACUGUCUUGGAGGAUAUCGACAGGAUCCUGCCUUGAAUUCUCCGUGAAUAUCAUGUCCAAAUAAAACUAAAAUUGAAGAAUGGAACAGUUUUGAAUAGGCAUUGAAAUUCUGCAAGUAUGAUGGUCAACAAAUUC